AUGCGCACGACCAAAGGGCGAGGUGACAAGGCCUAUAAAGGGUAUAUUGCUAUCUUUGUGUGCUGUGCCACACGAGCUAUACAUUUGGAGGUUGUAUCAGAUUAUUCUGCUGAGGGUUUCAUUGCCGCCUAUAAGAGGUUUUCGGCUCGACGAGGCCUCAGUCAUACUCUUUACAGCGACAAUGGGACAAACUUUGUGGGAGCUGACCGACAGUUACGCGAACUAUUUUCUGAGGCUUCAGCUGAGUCAGACAAGAUUGUUCGUCAUAUCACCGACAACCAUACAACUUGGAAAUUCAACCCUUCCGCCGCUCCACACUUUGGAGGAUUGUGGGAAGCUGCGGUAAAAUCUGUUAAGCACCACCUCCGCCGCUUAGUCGGAGACACUACUUUAACCUUCGAGAAAAUAUACACUUUUCUCACACAAGUGGAAGCUUGCCUUAAUUCAAGGCCAAUUCAAUCUCUGAAGGACGAUCCUAGCGAUUUGGUAGCGCUAACUCCUGGACACUUUCUCCUCGGCUCGCCAAUUUACACAAUACCAGAGCCUUCAGUAUUGGAGGCAAGACUAACACCUAAAGAACGUUGGAAACUCGUAACACAAAUGUUUCAAACCUUGUGGAAGAGAUGGUGGACGGAAUAUAUUCACGAGAUACAAACUCAUCAUAAAUAA